GAUUCAAAAACCAUGUCCAUGUGGCUUUGUUUUUCUUUGGAUUCCCAAAACAUCUCCUUCCUAAUUUUUCCACACCACUUCGAAUCUAUCUAUCUUCUUAGAAAUGUUACCAACCAAGCAACCUGCUCUUCUUUCUUUUCUAUAAUUUCGUCACAACUUGUUCCUUCACCCACGCACCUCCCACCUUGGCUCUCUCCUCCUCCCUGGAGCUUCUCGGCACUGAGCCAGUCAGCAACUGCGGCUCAGCCCUUCCCUUGCUUCUAAACCUCUCUCUCCCUCCCACUUUGAAAUUCAUUAAACAAAUACCCCCGAAGUAGUAGCGACGCAUUACUGCUCUGACGUCCUUCACUAUAAACAGCUUUAACCAGCUCUUCUUAAUGAUUCAUUUAUUAUAACCCUUCAAAGUCCAAAAGACAACAGCAAAAGAAGGAUGUGUGCUCUGUUUCAUGCUUUCACACUUUCUUCCUGCCAGAAUAUCACUCCCAACACACGUCCCCAUCGGUUCUGCUUCCUCGUAUCUCUGAAGCUUCCCUCUUGAUCUCGUCAUCGUCCUCUGGGAAUCAUCUGUGUGUCAAUUUUGCUAACAAAGAAGAAGCAACGAGCAGCGGAAGAGGAGGACGGGUCCCGAGACAACAUAGAUGUCAGAGCAGGAAACACGGUCAUGGGGCUUCCUGUACAUCUGUUUCUUAAUGCUUUUUUCAGGUAAAAUUGUUGCCCACGAUUCUCUGGACACGGAGAGACAGAUUCUGCUACAGCUGAGAACUUACCUUAACAAUCAAACUCGGACAGAUCGAGGAAGAUACAAACUCUGGAACACAAACAGCUCAAAUCCGUGUGAAUGGCCAGGAAUCUCAUGCAGCCCAAAGGGGACAAACUCGGCCGCCAGAGUGGUCGGCGUAGACCUUUCCGACAGCAGCAUCGCUGGCGAGAUUUUCCAGAAUUUCUCGCUGCUUACCGAGCUCACCCACCUUGACCUUUCCACAAACACCAUCACCGGAGAAAUCCCAGAGGAUUUAAGACGAUGCAGUAACCUCGUAUAUCUUAAUCUCUCCCAUAAUCUUCUUGAGGGGGAGAUGGAUUUAACUGGAUUGACAAGAUUAGAGACGCUGGACUUGUCGGAAAACAGGCUUCAUGGGGACAUAGGGUUGAAUUUUCCUGCCAUUUGUGACAACUUAGUUACUCUGAAUGUUUCUGGGAAUAACUUCACCGGUUCGAUUGAUCAUCGCUUCGAUCAGUGUUUAAAAUUGCAGUACUUGGAUUUGAGCACCAACAAUCUCAGUGGGGGUAUUUGGAUGGGAUUUGCGAGGCUCAAGGAGUUUUCAGUUUCAGAGAACUAUAUCACUGGGCAUCUGAAUGAAGAAGCAUUCCCAGAAAAUUGUAAGCUGGAAGUACUCGACGUUUCAUACAAUCGGUUUACAGGAAAUGCACCGAAGAAUGUCAGUAAAUGUACGAAUCUUGCAAUUCUGAAUCUUUCAAGAAACAAAUUUUCUGGGGAUAUUCCCGUUGAAUUGGGAUCCAUCUCAAGCCUCCAAGCAUUGUACUUCGCCAACAAUACAUUUUCAAGAAGCAUCCCAGAGACACUUUCAAACUUGAAAAAUCUAAAUUUCUUGGAUUUGAGCGGCAACGCUUUUGGUGGAGAGAUACAAGACACACUUGGGAAGCUCAAGCAGGUAAAGUUCCUCCUUUUGUAUUCGAAUGCUUACACAGGAGGAUUAAACUCAUCAGGGAUUCUCAAAUUACCCAACAUCUCUCGCUUAGACCUUAGUAACAACAGUUUUUCAGGUCCAUUGCCUAUUGAAAUCUCUCAGAUGACAUCUCUGAAGUUCUUAAUGUUAGCCCACAAUCAAUUCACUGGACAUAUUCCUCCUCAGUUUGGAAAUUUGGCUCAGCUUCAAGCACUUGAUAUCUCUUUCAACAAUUUAACAGGGCCAAUCCCGCCAAGCCUGGGAAACUUGGAUUCUCUUUUGUGGUUAAUGCUUGCAAACAAUUCAUUGAGUGGAGACAUACCCAAAGAGCUGGGAAACUGCACAAGUUUGCUGUGGCUAAACCUUGAAAACAAUAAGCUUACUGGGAAUUUCCCUCGUGAAUUGAGCAACAUUGGAAGAAACGCCAUGGCCACGUUUGAUUUGAAUCGGAAUGAAUUCAAUAAAAUCCCUGCUGGUUCAGUUGAAUGUUCGGCAAUGAAGAGAUGGAUACCUGCGGAUUACCCUCCUUUCAGCUUUGUAUACAGCAUCCUCACGAGAAAAAAUUGCAUAACCAUUUGGGAUAGGUUACUUAAAGGUUAUGGAAUCUUCUCGAUUUGCUCAUCUGGGUCCUCUUUUAGACUGAAGGAGAUCUCUGGGUAUGUUCAGUUAAGCGGGAAUGAUCUCAUCGGCGAAGUUCCUUCAGAAAUUGGGAACAUGCAGAAUUUCAGUAUGCUGCACUUGGGGAUGAACAAAUUUUCCGGCAAAAUCCCUGCGGUGAUGGGAGAUCUGCCACUUGUGGUGUUGAACGUAACAAGAAACAAUUUUUCAGGUGAGGUUCCAUGGGACAUUGGAAAGCUUAAAUGUCUUCGGAAUCUGGAUUUGUCCUACAACAAUUUCUCAGGGACAUUCCCGACAAGCUUGAACAACUUGACAGAGCUCAGUAAAUUCAACAUCUCUUACAAUCCCUUCAUUUCUGGUAUGAUCCCACCAACGGGACAAUUAGCCACAUUCGAUAAAGAUUCGUAUUUGGGAGACCAUCUCUUGACCCUACCGAGCUUCAUCGAUGACGCCCCAAACGACAUAAAAAACACGACCUCUCGGAGAGACCACAAAAUCAGAAACAGAAACCGCACGAAGCUGUCAAUGUUCUUGGCUUUCCUGGCUAUCACACUCGCUCUGUUGGUAUUUGGGCUCCUCUCUUUCAUAAUAUGCUCAUUACCGAAAACCCGUUCACACGACCCAGAAGGAUACCUAUUGGAAGACACAAAAAACCAACACGAUUCCGACAAUUCGUUACCAUGGUCAUCUGACCUAAUUAAGGUCGUUCAUUUGAACAAGAUAGCAUUCACGCACACCGACAUUCUAAGAGCCACCGGAAACUUCUCCGACGACAGAGUCAUAGGAAAAGGCGGUUUUGGCACAGUGUACAGAGGAGUGUUCCCCGACGGAAUAGAAGUCGCGGUUAAGAAGCUUCAAAGAGAAGGACUAGAAGGAGAAAGAGAGUUCAGAGCAGAAAUGGAGGUUCUAAGCGGAAACGGUUUCGGCUGGCCACACCCCAAUUUGGUCACACUAUACGGGUGGUGCCUAAACGGGUCGGAGAAAAUCCUAGUUUACGAAUACAUGGAGGGAGGAAGCUUGGAAGAUGUUGUUACAGACAGAACAAGACUCACGUGGAAGAGAAGGCUAGAGAUCUCCAUUGACGUGGCUCGAGCAUUGGUCCAUUUGCACCACGAAUGCUUCCCUCCAAUUGUUCACAGAGACGUCAAGGCUAGCAAUGUGCUUCUGGACAAACACGGGAAGGCUAAAGUCACAGACUUCGGGCUAGCUAGAGUAGUAGAAAAUGGAGUGAGUCACGUGACCACCAUGGUGGCCGGCACGGUGGGCUACGUGGCACCUGAGUACGGUCAGACAUGGAAGGCCACAACGAAAGGUGAUGUGUACAGCUUCGGAGUGUUGGCCAUGGAGUUAGCCACCGGGAGGAGGGCGGUGGACGGUGGGGAGGAGUGCCUGUUGGAGUGGGCCCGGCGAGUCACAGGCUGUCGAUAUGGGCUUGGGCCCGUAGUAAGUCGGACCAUGAUACCAGUCUUGCUAAUGGGUUCUGGGCUCGGAGAGGGAGCGGAGGAGAUGGGUGAGUUGUUACGUAUUGGGAUACAGUGCACGGCAGAGGCACCGCAAGCUAGACCCAAUAUGAAGGAGGUGUUAUCUAUGCUGGCUAACAUACUGAACCCAAAAGGGGAGUAAACAAUAGGGAGAAUGAUAAAGAAGUUUUAAAAAAAUUUUUAUUUUUUGCUAACAUCAAAAUGAUAAAUUAAUUUAAAUUAAAUUUCAAGUAUCAAAUUUUAAAAAUUUAUAAGUUUAUUUCUCGAUUUUACAAUUUUGUUAUAAUAUUGUUUUUUAAAUUUUAACAUGGUUGAAGAAUAAAUAAAUUUAUUUCAUCCAUUAAAAUUUAGAACACAAGUUAUGAUUUCAUCCUAACAAAAUUGUAAAAUUAAUAAUCAAACUUGUAAAUUUUUACAGUUAAACAUUUGAGACCUAACUUGAAGGACCUCUGCCGUUCUCCCUAAAUAAUAAUAAUACAAAAGAAAAUGUGUAUACUGUGGGCACAUUUUAGUGUAAAAAAAUGACGUGUUUUUAUUGCGUACAUGAUUCUUAUCUUGUGUAUAGAAAAAUGAACCCUGUAGCAUUCCUUAUGUUGAAGAGGCUGCUCAAUUUCGUUGUGUUUACAGUUUUUUGUUUUUGUUUUCCUUUGAUAAAUAUUCAGAAUUCUAUUUUUGUUUUGGUUUUAUAAUUAUCUUCAAAAAAAAAAAGGAAAAGGAAAAGGAAAAGGACGUUGUGGUCAUUUACCAUGAUGCGCCUACAAACUACCGAGUUUGAUUCGUUACUGAUAACAAUUUGUACAUGAUAUUCCUCCAAAAUCCUUAUAGGCACUUGUUACAGCGUGAAGCAACCUUUAUCUCAGUAUUAAAAACAAGUUCUUGAGGCAAGACAUUGCUAAAUGGCAUAGGACUGUGAAGACAUGUUUAUUGGGUUGAAGAGGAAGAAUUUCUAGUGGAGAUAUGGGUGGUGAUGAGAAGGAGCAGAGUACAAUGCCCAUGGAGAUCGCCAUUCAGAAGGAGCUAGCAUAUCAGAGGAAGGUUACUUCAUCAUCAAUUCAAACUUUCCAGCAAAUGCCAUUAUCAAGUCCAUGCCUUUUAGGAACCAAGCAAAAAGAACUAAUCAAUCGAUAGGAUCAACCUCUGGAAUGUCAGAACCUAGACAAGUUAUACUGCGAAAUCUGCAGGUUGUCUUGCUCAAGUCCAACCAAUCUAACACAACAUUUGAUGGGUCGAAAGCAUAGGUCAAAGCUAAGAAAGCAAGAUUUGGAGCAUAAUCAAAAGAAUGGAAUGGAGGGGGGAAGGCAAUCAAAUCCAAUGGUGUGAACUGUGUAAAGUUCCAUGCAUGACCGAAGACUUGCUCAACCUGCACUUUAAGGGGAAAAAGCGUAGGGUUGAAAUCCAGAGGCUUGACAUGAGCAAGGAAACAUGUGGAGAGACCUCUAAUAAGAGACAAUGGUGUGGGUUAUGCAACAUAUAGUGCAUUGAUGUGUCUGCUUUCAAGCAGCAUCUUGAAGGCAGAAAGCACCUACUCCAAUUGCAUAUUAUGAAGAAAAACAUGAGACGAUCUGAUAUGUUGUGGCCUAAUCCUAUUGGGUCCCAAGAUGAUGAGAUGGCUAAUGAGGCUAGAAAUACGAAGCAAGCACUAGAUUUCUUGUGAAGGAGUACUAGCAAUCGCGGAGCCAUAUGUAAUUAAGGGGGCAUAUUUGGAAAAAUAACAUGUUUGGGAGCAUAGAUUUUUAUAUUUUGCAAUUUACACCUUUUAUUUA